AAUUUUAGAAUAUAGAUUAUGAAACUUUAUGCUAGCACACUUGUGUUUUUCCUUAGAGAAGUUCAAGACGAGCAAGUGUCGGAAGUCCUGUCGACAGCAAGAUGGCAACUUCCGUGGCCUGCUUGUUGUCAGUGCGACAUUCAGCAGGAAAGUAAGGCGCAUACCUCAUCAUGGAUGCUUAUAAAUAUAAAACGUGAAGAGAGAGUUACAAUAAACCGUGGGAACUAUGCCUUUUUUUAAAAGGAGACAAGAAAAGCAAAAAACACCACCAGUUCUUUGCCAGACUGCUGCUAAAAAAAUUCCAUCCAACUGGACCAUUCUGCAAUCCUCUGAUUUUGUCAAUGGUGACAUUGGCCUUCCAACCAGUGCUCUGGGUAGCAAAUGGCAGGAAAAUUCACCUCAGUCAGUGCUAUCAGGUGAUGCACUGAGCAGUCCAGAUGACUUUGUGGAAUCGGGGCCCUCUCCAAGGUCAUCAGUGCAAACAUCACGUUUGUCAAAGACCUUUUGUGAGAUUCUCCAUGACAAAGAUGCUUUGCAUUGUUUUAUCCAAUUUAUGGAAGCUAAACAAGCAGACCGGUUUAUCAAGUUCUGGCUGGAUGCUGAAAGUUUCCAUGCUGCUACUCUUACGAGACUGCACACACAUUCCCUCCAGUCAGUUGGUCGUAGUGGCCUACUGCAACGACGCCAUGAAAUGAAGGAGCAGGCUGGCAGGAAUUCUGUCUGCAGUUUUGAAAGUGAAGCUGAAAUUCAGACUGAGUUGAGAGAAAGUUCUGAUGGCCAAAAGGUGUCUUAUGCAGAAGAUUGGGUAGACACCGGUGGUGGAGCAUCGCUGGAAUCCAGAGUGCAUUUUGGAGAAAAAGAAAUCAAAUCACUGAGCCACUUGUCACCAUUUAGGAACGUUGACAACACAGCUACCUGCUACAGAGUACCUCAUUUUCCUUCAGUCUACACUGAAAGAACCAUUGUAGGAGAAGUGUGUCCAUCUGCUACACCAUGUAUCAAUGAUUUACCAAUGUCAUUGCAAAAAUGCACUGAUGAUAGAGAAGUUACUGGGACUUCAGCAGUAGAGCCCACAUUGUGCGAUUUGCAACUGUUGUCAGCCAUGGGAAAAACUGAAAAUGAAAAAGUUCGACUAGCUGAAGAGAAAGAGCAAGCAUUUGCUAAUAAUAUAUCAUCGCUAAAUAUACAGGCUAGUGAAACAGGUAGACAGGAUAGUAGACAUGAUGUAAAUAAACAGUUAGGAUAUGGAAGCAACAUUACUGAAAGAGUUCUAGGUGACACUGUGAUAUCUACACCUGUUGUAGAAGAUAAAGGGAAGCUGCCCAAAGAAGGCAGCAAGCAAGAGAGUGAUAGCGGUAGAGACCAUGCGGAUAGUGCCAGAGACAAUGUUUCAUUGCCAACACAGGAGAGAAGUGUUGAAGGUGUUGAAAACAUGGCUGUCACUGUCAGUGAUGAUGCUUUGCUGCCUGCUGCUGUAGAGAGAUUUUCAGAGGGAGGUAGAAUGCCACACAAGGACAUAUCUAUCAGAGACAGAACUGUUUCACAAUCAGAAGAAAUUCAGCAUAAGCUGAAAAAGAGUAUAGAAAGAGAUGCAGUUGCUAUAUUUACCAAAUACAUUGCCCAGGAUGCUUCUCAGUCAAUUGGUGUUGAUGACAAUCUUCGUGGAGAAACCAUUCGUAAAAUAUGUAAAGAUGAUGGUCAGGUGGAUCCAGAUUGUUUUGUGGCUUGUCAACAGUUAGUCAUUGACAAGAUGGAAAAAGAGUACUUCCAGACAUUUACUGACAGUGAGUUUCACUGCAAACACCAGGUGAAUGUUCUUACCAGUGGAAGAGUCUACCUGUCUGAUAUUCUUUACAACGAACAUGCUUUGUGCUAUUUUAUGGAGUUUAUGGAACAAGAUGGUGCCAGCAACCUCAUGCAAUUCUGGAUUGCAGCAGACAAUUUUCAGCUGCAGUUGCUUCAGCAGCAACAACAAGGAGGGUAUGAUGGUAUGCAGGCACAAGCAGACGCCAUGAUCCUCUAUGACAAAUUCUUCUCUCUUCAAGCCAGCACACCACUGGGGUUUGAUGACAAAAUUAGGUUUGAGGUGGAGAGCAACAUAUGUCACGAGGGAGGGCCAUUACCAGAUUGCUUCUCUGUGCCGCACUCUCUUACUCUGUACCAUCUGGAUCAGUUCUACUUUCCACGCUACCUGAAAAGUGAGAUCUACUAUAGGUACCUCUCUGAUCUUGUAAACACUGUGCAGAUUGCCCAGGAUAUACCUGUUAGGAAACACAGACGUCAAGCCAGUGACGCUUCAUCAGAACACAGUGCUGGAGGUCAGAGCAUUGGAGCUGAAAGCAUUAGCUCAAAGAAUACUUUGCUGGCUGCGGGAUCUCGAAAAGCGCUGAGAGCAACAUCACCUCGUUCUGCACCAGUUCUUGGAAAAUUUGAGGAGCACUUCACAUCAAUGGAUUCUGAUUUUUUUAACCCUGAUACACUCUGGGAACGGCCGUGUAAAGGGUCAUUGUCUCUAGGCAAAGUCAACUCACUUGGACAGUUUGUGUCAGAGUUUGAAUCAGACCCUGAUGGUGAAAAGAAAAAAGGUGGAGGCUUCUUCAGAAAGAAGAAGGAGAAAGAAAAGGAACAGGAAGAGAUGGCUGUACGGGUGGCCCAGAUGAUUCUCAAUGAUGUCGCUGCUAUGACUAAGACGGGAGAGGCCUGUAGAGUAAACAUCAUUAAUGAUCCCUACAGUCUACUUCCACACGCAGACUCUGCAUCACCUGCUCAUCAGAAGGGAGUCUCUUUCUUUGAACCUCCCCCUUCCUGACACAAGUUUUUUUGAGUGUCUGCCAUUUUCUUUUUCUAUUUGUUGAAAGUUUCAGUAAGGAUAAAUGCUAUAAUGUUAUUCAUACAAUCUGGAAGUGCAGCUAUUUAUAUUAAUUCUUGUACCCUUAACUGUAAGUGUGCUGUAAUGGUAAGGCACAUGCUGUAGAGUACCUGCAUUUCUUGAUUAUACGUGUAUUGGUAUGUGAUGAGUAUGAGUAAGGCACAUAUUGUAUUGGUGCUCUGAGAUGAAUUUUUGCUAAGAGGCAGUAAUGGUGUCACACCAGUAAUAUACAUCCUUUUCACAAAAUCUUGCCAACAGGAAAACUACAUUUUCUUACCUGUCCUCAGGUACGGGAUCUGUGACAUUUUCUUUUACAUUAGAAUCAUCUAGAAUGUUCACAGGGAAAAUAUCUCCCUACAUCAAAGAGCAACAGGCAUCUUUGUAAAAAAAAAAACCCCAGAAUAUUUUAGUUGACAGGCAUGCCCUUUGUGUAUGUUCUAUUGCCUGUGUGUUGUAUGUGUUACAAGAUAUUUGUGCACAGUAUGUGUGUAGUUGUAAGAAUUGCAUGCAUGCACACGUGUAAUCAUAAAAAAUGAAAGCAGCUGCCGCUAUGUGGGUAGUGCCACAAGGCCAGUAACAUGCAUGCACAUCCAGUCACUGGACAAUAAAGUUUAACAUACUCUUUAAUUUUGUGGAUUCCUCGACGACCCUGUCUGGCUCAGUUGACUUCAUCUUUCAAAAAAUGCAUUUAGACUUAUAAUUAGAACACCUUUGUGCAAAAUGUUGUGGUCAGUAUUGCUGCCUAAAGUGUCUUUGUGUUUUGAAAGCUUUCAAAAUUAUUUAAAAAUACACAACUUGUCAGGCUAACGUCCAGACUGUAAAAAAUCAUGACUAGGACAUCCAACUUGCAAGUGGUGGCUAUUUGAGUUUUCCAGAGUAGUCAUGUUGAGGAUUGAUGAAACAGUCUGUAGAUCAUUUCCUGGUUGAUAAUUUGCUCACAUGGUUGAAAGAGUAGUGACCAGUUUCACUUUUUGAUAACUUUCCACUUCGAUUUUUUUUCAGCAACUGUCUCUCAUAGCAAAGUUUAGAGAAUAUCUCCUGUCAAACUAGUAGUAGUGUCAAUUUACAUAGCAUCUUUCAUUUACUUAAAUAAUUUUAUUGUUCUUUAUGGAGUAUCUUCUUUCAUGACCUAGAGAGCCUCAAAAAAUGUAGUAAAUGUUCAGUUAAAAGUCAGAAAACUAUUGUAUGAUGCUGUGGUGUAAAUGCAGUUCUGACAUCCGGACUGUUGAAUGAUGCCAUGGAGUGAAGGAGCUGCAGGUUUUUUGCAAAUCUUCUAGCUUAGUCCUGUUUGAAUUACUGCCAGUGAAAAAGAAUCCACAAAAAUCAAAAUCAGAUUGAUGCCUAUGAGUGUGCCCUGGUUUUGUAAAUCUUUAGGUAAUCCUUGAUUACAUAUCAUGAUCAGCCAAGUCCCCACCAAAAGCACUGACAUCAUCCUUGAUAUUUUUUCUACGUUCUCAUCAUUGCAAUCACCAUCCAUAUUUGGUGUUUAAACAUUUCUGCUGCUGAAUCGAUGCCAAAGUUUAAAUGCAUAUGCUAGAUGUCUACUUCAUUUUCUAAUAUGUUGGUACCCUUAACUGCACUACUGUAUCAUCCAUGGUGACUGCUCUCUCAUCAGAAUAAUAGAAGCUUAAAAUUUGUUUUCAUGUUGAUGGAGUGUAGCAGAUUCUUCGUAUAUUUUUACAUCAACCCCUUUCACAAGACAACAGAAAACUCUGCUCUUUGUUAAUUAGCUUGUCUUAAAAGACAACAGAAAUCCAUAUUGUCUAGCAGAUCUUUGGUAUGAAACCUGCCAAAAUGGCUGUUUAUUGAAAAUGAAUGCCUUGGAUCUUCCAAAAGAGAGAAAGCAGAAAAGGCACUCUGGUUUAGGGCAAUAGGCUUCUUGAUGUAUAGCUCAUCAUUGUGAAUGGCUUGUGAUGUUUGUAGACUUUAUUCUCAUUGGGUUGUCCUGCAUUCCCACUGGUAGGAAGUAUGGACAGUCAGGGAAGUAUGAAGUAUUUAUGUUUGAAGCAACAAUCAAUAAGCAGGGCUUCUGCUUACGCAAAAAAUUGCGUACAGUACGCAUUAAAAGUUCGGAGGACCCCUUCAAUUUUCGUCAAUGGGGUCCCCUUCAAAUUUGGGCGAAGAACAGGGACCCCUUAAAAAUCUGAAGAAGGGGUCCCUGGGACCCCAAAGAAUUUAGCCUUAGCAGAAGCCCUGAAUAAGGUUAUUAUAUAUAUAUAAAAAAAUGAUCCCAAAAUGUGGGACUUAUCUCUUUCUGGCAAAAAAAAAAAAAAAAAGAUAAUAAUGUCAGGGAGAAAAGGAUACAUGAGAUGAUCCUUGAGUGACAGAUAACAAAAGUAUAUAUUUACCUGUGGAGUCUCUUGUCAGCUAAAGUGUUUAGUUGCGAUCGACAGGAACUUUUUCGGCCAAAGCAAUAUGGCAAAGAAUUCCCAAAUUGUAGUGCAUCAUUUUGUUCAGCAUUCACAACAGCUGUGGUACAUUUCUUUCUUUGUCAAAAGUGCUGCUAUGUGGAUUUUUUGAGUGCUUCGUAUAAAGUAAUUCAUGUAGCAAUGUUUACAAUUAAUAAGUUGACAAUACUUUUUAGUGUUGAAGGUUUAUUGCUAUUUCCAAAGUCCUGUACAUGGAGGAUUGUUAUUCCCAGCAGAGGCUAGUAUUUAUAAAUUUUUCUGUUGUGCUGUUUUAAAGUGAAGAGACUAAGUAGAAAUGUGCUGGGAAUUUCAAAUAUGUUUAUUGCUUUGAUAUCAUCAUUUGUGUAAUUGUUAUUUUUGUGAGUUCCACAAGGUGCCAAAGGAAAUACAGCAGCCCAGCAAAAGAGCUUGCAGCUGCUUUAAUGAUCAUCUAAAGUUAAUAUUUAGUGAACAGCUUCUUACAAGUGUCUUUACCUAUUUUAAGAUGCCUCUACUAGCAGUUGCUAACCCUGAGCUACACUAGAGAUUUUGUUAAAUAUUUUGAGACAGACUGUUAGAAAUACAUGUAUCUAUUUUAAGAUGUCUCUAUUGUAAGUGGCUUAUUCUCUGUGAUUCCUUCAUCAUGAUUAUAGGUAUGUGAAUGACAGAGAACUAAAUUGAAACAGAAUGGUAGUGCUAAAAGCUGUUGUCACUUCUUUCAUUUUUGUCUUGGAAUUUUUUUAAUAGAGUGCACCAGUCCUGUCAUGUCAAUAGUCAUUAUGUCAGCUUCCAAGAGUUGUUGUGUUUUACAUUUCUUUCAUGUCUUCCAGAAGACAAAGUAUCUUUCUUUGAAUUGUGUGACGGAAACUUCUAAAGAUUGUGCAUGUGUGCAUGUGUGGGUGCGUUGGGGAGGGAGCGAUGUACAAGUGAGUGCAUGCACAGUUAUAUGUUGUCACUGCAGCAAGAAUACACACAACUUAUGGUUGGGCCAAGUAAUAAUUUAACUUCAAGAGGUCAGCAUUUGUCUUUUGAAAACUGGUGUAGACAAAAGUGAUAAAUACAAAAGUCAGCCAAUCAUAUACAGAGUAUGCUUUUGUACAUGUUGACUGCUUUAUCUUAUCGUCUUGUCUUAAAAUGUACGCAACUCAGCACGUCUCUACAUAACCUUCAGUCUUCACAUCCAACCCACAUGCACAGCCAACACAUGGCAUUCGACUUAUGUUAGAAUAUUCUUAUUUAUAUCAUGUGCCCUAUGGUCUUUCUGAUAUGAAGUCAUCGGUCAACUGGCGUGAGGAUGAGUGUGGAAACAAGUUAGAAGAUUGUGGCGCAGAUGUUUUGUCUCAUCUCAUACCAACUGGCAUGAGCGUGAGUGUGAAAACAAGCAGUGAGAGAGAUUGCUGUGCACACAGAGGAUGUUUAUUGUGAAAAUCUAUUCUUUAUUAUGUAACUUCUCUGUGCACUUUGUUCUUAUGCCUGUUUUCACCUAACUGGUCAUGUCCAGGUCCCUGUAAUGAGAGCUUGUGAUAUAAGAGAGGGUUAUUAUGAUGACUUGGUGCUGUUAGAAGUGGAGGUCACCACUGUACAGACCAAGUUACACGAGAUUGUAACAAGAAAUAUACUGUCUUGACAAGUCAUUGUAUGUAUUGAACAGUCUCUGAAAGGCAGUUGCAAGUGGUUAAUGUUUGAUGAAUGUUUGAAACUGUAAAAUAAUAUGGUACACAUGGUGUAAAAAUGAAGAUGAUUUUCACAGCAAUCAAAAUAAAAUUUGGAUGAAAUAAUAGAA